AUGACCAAGCGAACGUUACUUCUCGUCUUCAUCCACGGCUUCAAAGGUAGCGCUAACACCUUUGGACGAUUUCCCGAGGAUCUGGCCAAUCUGCUCUCCCACUCGCUACCCAAGAUCGCGGUCAAAGCAGUCCAAUACCCACCCUAUGAUACGCGAGGAGAUCUCGCGCUAUGCGUCGCCAAGUUCCGCGAAUGGCUGCAGAAUCUGGUCAUAGAAUUGGAGGUCGAGAAUGGGACAAGGAAUCCUAUGCAUGAGCCUGGAGUACGAGUGGUGUUAUGUGGGCAUUCUAUGGGUGGGAUCGUUGCAGUCGAAGCUGUGUUGAGCAUUCUUGAGAAGGAUAAGGAUGUUGUGCAAGAGGGGUAUGCGAAUGAUACUACCAAUUCUUCUGCUACUGGUGAAGACGCGAAGGCCAUGGAAGGCGGUAGUAAGGCUAGAAAAAGCGGCAAACUUGCUGUGCCGGAUAGGCAUGAAAGGGCUUCUUCUGCUCCGCCUGCACAAGGCGAGCCGGUCUCUCCGUUCUUUCCGCAUAUCCAAGCGGUACUGGCGUUCGAUACGCCAUACUUGGGCAUAAGCCCAGGUGUUCUCGCUCACGGGGCAGAAGAACAUCUAAACCAGGCUUCGUCGGCGUACAAGGCUUUUGGCACUGCUUCAGACAUCUUUGGCUGGAACUCGCCGAGGAGUGCUUCGCCGCAACCCAUUGCAAAUGCUUCGUCUAAAGGCUUGCCAGCACCGAGCAGUGAUGGCGCAGGCUGGGGUACAUGGGGCAAAUAUGCUAUGUAUGGUGGCGCUGCUGCGGCUUUGGCGGGAGCAGCGGGAGCGGCAUACAUGAACCGCAAUCAGAUCUCACAAGGUCUUUCGUGGGCGGGAAGUCAUCUUGAGUUCAUCGGGUGUCUUGCUCGUGGUGCGGAGCUUCAACAGCGAAUAGAGAAGAUGGUGGCGCUCGAGCAGGCGAGAGGAGUGGGGUUUGGCAACUUCUACGGGGCCCUCUCGCAGCAAGUAGCAGGAAAGACCAAGUGGGCUGGAGCAGCGGUAGGGAAGGAUAGGACUUUCUGUGUCAUUCCUACCCCUUCUCCUCCCGUUGAGAAAGGUAGUCCAACAGGCACGAAGCGAAGCAAGCCAUCAUCAGCCACCUCAAAACCAGCACCACCAGCUAAAAAGCGAAAGCAGGAUGUAGAGGAUGAGAAAGAAAUGGCUGCAGAGAUGGAGGAAGGCGAGGAGGUUGAUCGAUAUGCGAAAGACUUGACCAAGGACAAGGGUAAUUGGGUCAAGUGUGUCAAUGCUGUUGCUCAAGACGAGGUCACGGCACACAGAAGUAUGUUUAACCCGCCGAAGAAUCCAGAUUAUCAUGCUAUGGUUAGUCGUUCUAGAGAUUGGCUAGAUGGAGUUGUUGAUAAGCAAUGGUAUGAAGCAUCAAGUACUGGUGAGGUUGAAGGAGAGGCUAAAAGUGGUGCGGUGGUCAAGAAGCUCGAGGAUGGAAAGUUAGAAGGCGAGGUUGAAAUGCUGGGAGCAUGA